GAAAGCACCGUGCCAAGAUGAGGACCAACAAGGUCUACAAGCUCGUCAUACACAAGAAGGGAUUUGGGGGCAGCGAUGAUGAGCUCAUGGUGAAUCCCAAAGUGUUCCCCCAGAUCAAGCUGGGGGACAUCGUGGAGAUCGCACACCCCAAUGAUGAGUACAGCCCUCUACUCUUGCAGGUGAAGUCACUCAAGGAGGACCUGCAGAAAGAAACGAUCAGCGUGGAUCAGACAGUGACCCAGGUGUUCCGGCUGAGACCGUAUCAGGACGUCUACGUGAAUGUCGUUGACCCCAAGGAGGUGACUCUUGACUUGGUGGAACUCACUUUUAAGGACCAAUACAUUGGGCGUGGAGAUAUGUGGAGGCUGAAGAAGAGCUUGGUCAGCACAUGUGCCUACAUCACUCAGAAGGUGGAAUUGGCAGGGAUCCGGGCCCAGGCAGGUGAGCUGUGGGUGAAGAGUGAAAAAGUCAUGUGUGGGUACAUCAGUGAAGACACACGGGUGGUGUUCCGCUCGACUUCAGCCAUGGUCUAUAUAUUUAUUCAGAUGAGCUGUGAAAUGUGGGAUUUCGAUAUUUAUGGAGAUUUGUAUUUUGAAAAAGCUGUGAAUGGUUUCCUUGCUGACCUCUUUACCAAGUGGAAGGAAAAGAACUGUAGCCACGAAGUGACCGUGGUCCUGUUUUCCAGGACAUUCUAUGAUGCCAAGUCCAUUGAUGAGUUUCCCGAGACACACCGAGCCUCAAUUCGCCAGGAUCAUGAAGGCCGAUUCUAUGAAGACUUUUACAAGGUGGUGGUUCAGAAUGAGAGACGAGAAGAGUGGACGUCGCUCUUAGUGACCAUUAAGAAGCUCUUUGUCCAGUACCCAGUGCUGGUGCGGCUGGACCGGGCAGAGGGCUUUCCUCAGGGUGACAAUUCUACCUCGGCCCAAGGGAACUACUUGGAGGCCAUCAAUCUGUCAUUCAAUGUGUUUGACAAGCACUAUAUCAACCGUAACUUUGACCGGACGGGGCAGAUGUCGGUGGUCAUCACCCCCGGGGUUGGCGUGUUUGAGGUUGACCGGCUGCUCAUGAUCCUGACCAAGCAGCGGAUGAUAGACAACGGGAUCGGCGUGGAUUUGGUGUGCAUGGGGGAGCAGCCGCUGCACGCUGUGCCGCUAUUUAAGCUGCAUAAUCGAAGCGGCCCCCGGGAUUCCCGCCUCGGAGACGACUACAACAUCCCUCACUGGAUAAACCACAGCUUCUAUACAUCCAAGAGCCAGCAUCUGUGUAACAGCUUCACCCCACGAAUCAAACUGGCAGGAAGGAAGCCUGCGACCGAAAAGGCAAAAAACGGCCGGGAUACCUCCAUCGGAACCCCAAAGGAAUCAGAGAAUGCCCUGCCCAUCCAGGUGGACUAUGAUGCGUAUGAUGCCCAAGUCUUCAGGCUGCCCGGCCCGGCCCGUGCCCAGCGCCUCACCACCUUCAGGUCCGUGAGGGAACGUGAGAGCCACGGCCGGAAGAGCUCCAGCAGCUUGGACGUGUCGUCCAGCCCCUCGGUGCAGAGCCGUACCCUGCCGCCCGAGGAGGGGAGGAGCCAGGCCUCGGAUGACAGCUCCCUGGGCAAGGGCUCCCACAUCCUCAUGAUCCCCCACUCCCACCUGCACCAGUACGACGUCAGCAGCUCUCUGGGCUACCCCAGCACCCGAGAUGUUCUGGAGAACCUGAUGGAGUCCCAGCAGAGAGACUCCAGUGCACCUGGGAGGUUCCACGUGGGCAGUGCCGAGUCCAUGCUGCACGUGCGCCCUGGCGGCUACACACCCCAGCGAGCGCUGAUCAACCCCUUUGCCCCAUCCCGCAUGCCCAUGAAGCUGACCUCCAACCGGAGGAGGUGGAUGCACACCUUCCCCGUGGGUCCGUCCGGAGAAGCCAUCCAGAUCCAUCACCAGACUCGCCAGAAUAUGGCAGAGCUCCAGGGGAGGGGGCAGCGGGAUCCCACUCACUCAUCCGCAGAGCUGCUGGAGCUGGCAUACCACGAAGCGGCAGGAAGGCACCUCCCUUCCCGCCAGCCUGGGGACAGCGCGUCCUUCCUGAAUUUCAGUGGAUCUAACGGCUUUUCUGCCCGCCUCCUCAGCAGUGGUGCUACAGGACCCAGGAGCCAGAACAAGGAUUCUCUAGAAGACAGUGUGUCUGCCUCUUCAGAUCCCAUGCCGGGCUUCUGUUGCACGGUGGGAGUGGACUGGAAGUCUCUCACGACUCCGGCGUGCCUGCCUCUCACCACCGACUACUUCCCAGACCGCCAGGGCCUUCAAAACGACUACACCGAGGGCUGUUAUGACCUCCUCCCGGAGGCCGACAUGGACAGGAGAGAUGAAGAGGGGAUGCAGAUGACUGCUCAGCAGGUGUUUGAAGAGUUUAUUUGCCAACGUCUCAUGCAGGGCUACCAGAUCAUCGUACAGCCAAAACCCCAGAAACCCAACCCAGCUGUGGCCCCUCCCCUGAGUAGCAGCCCCCUCUACAGCCGGGGCCUUGUUUCCCGAAACCGUCCUGAGGAGGAAGACCAGUACUGGCUGAGUAUGGGUCGUACUUUCCACAAAGUGACGUUGAAGGACAAAAUCAUCACGGUCACCCGCUACCUCCCCAAGUAUCCCUACGAGUCUGCCCAGAUCAACUAUACCUACAGCCUGUGCCCCUCACACUCCGACUCAGAGUUUGUGUCCUGCUGGGUGGAGUUUUCCCACGAACGCCUGGAAGAAUACAAGUGGAAUUACCUGGAUCAGUACAUCUGCUCGGCAGGCUCUGAGGACUUCAGUUUAAUUGAGUCGCUGAAAUUCUGGAGAACGCGCUUCCUGCUGCUCCCAGCAUGCGUCACUGCUACCAAACGCAUCACAGAAGGCGAGGCGCACUGUGACAUCUAUGGGGAGAAGCCCCGCUCGGAUGAGGAAGAGUGGCAGCUCUUGGAUGGCUUCAUCCGCUUCAUGGAAGGCUUGAAUCGCAUCCGGCGGCGCCACCGGUCAGACCGCAUGAUACGAAAAGGGGCUGCUAUGAAGGGCUUACAGAUGGCUGGCCCACUCUCUGCCCACUCUCUGGAGCCUCCGGGACCACCGGUUGGAAAGAAGGGGACGUCUGCACUCUCAGCUUUGCUGGAAAUGGAAGCCAGUCAGAAGUGUUUGGGAGAGCAGCAGGCCAGCCUGCAUGCCUGCAAGGGCCCUGCCCAUCCAGCAGAGAACAGUGGUGUGGCCCUCACGCCGACCUACCUGGACAGCCCCCGAAAGGAGGGGGCCUUCUUUACGGAGUCUGUCCGCAGCCCACGUACAGCGCCAUCCGCCUUCUACCCCCAGGUCUCGGUGGAUCAGAGUGCCACUCCAGCUUUAGAUGGCACCAGUCUGGGCAUCAGCGUGGGCCAGCCCAUGGACAGAGGCAGCACGCAAAUCUUUGGGAAUGCCCAGGCUGCUGGAGAGCAGGGGUACCCCCUGACAAACCCUAGCGAUGGCAGCUCUCAGCAGUUCCCGACCAGCUCCCUGACCACCUCCUCCACCCUGCUGGAGAUCCUGGAGGCCAUGAAACAUCCCUCGACGGGAAUCCAGCUGCUCUCGGAGCAGAAGGGCCUGUCGGCGUCGUGCUUCAUCAGUGCAGAGGUGGUGCACUGGCUGGUGAACAGUGUGGAGGGUGUCCAGACCCAGGCCAUGGCCAGUGAUAUCAUGCAGAAAAUGCUGGAGGAGCAGCUCAUCACGCACGCCUCGGGGGAGGCCCUGCGCACCUUCAUCUACGGCUUCUACUUCUACAAGAUCGUGGCCGAGCGCGAGCCCGAGCGAGGAGGCCCGGGCUGUUCUGUGGAAGAAGGAGCAGCCUUGUGCUGCGUGGCCGAGGACAGCCAGGACCAGGGCGAGCCUCUUAACCCUGGGAGCUGGCCCAAGGCAGAGGCCAGAGGACCCAGUGCCGGGGAUGUUCUACUUUCCAGUCCCCCUCUCCGGGCCUUGGCUUCCUUCUCUGAAAAGUUUGUGAGAAGCAACGAGAUGCCAGUGGAGAAGCUGGGCCAGGACCCCCGGGCCCUCCUGCUGACAACAGGACCGAGCUACCCCUUGGAAGGCCCAAGCGGUGCCAUCUGCCCUCCUGCCUCCGCCUCCAGGCCUGGCCCUGUCCUUCCUGCCCUGGCCCCCUGGCCCGACAACUUCCUGCUGGGUCCCUGUGAACCCCUGCCAGGCCAGGUCCAGGAGACGGCCUACGGCCAAGAACUGGAGCUCCUGCCAGCAGUCCCAGGAAUGUCGCACGAGCCGGCCGCUGCGGGGGCGCUCUCCCCCGGACCCCUCUCUGCCUUCUGGGAUCCCAGGUCCUCAGGUUUCCAAGCUCCAGCGGGCAGGAUUGCCCCCAGGGUGGGCAUGGAUCCCCACCCUGAAGUGGUCAUCGGCCAGCCGGGCUUAGAGGUGGGCAGCUUCAUGCUUCGAGAACAGCAGCUCAGACCCCUCGAAUGUGUCCUUCCGCAAAGGCCCUCAGCAGUUCGCAUGACCAGCCCAUCUCCCAGGACUGACUCCAGUAAGAUGCCGCUUGUGAAAUGCUUUGCCAGCUCGGGGGGCGGCCCAAGAGCCCACUCGAGUACCCCCGGGAGCGGGGGACGGUGGUCCCGGCCCCUGCUCUUCAGGAGAGAGCCCUUGGCCGCUCCUGCGGAUGGCAGCCUCUCCCUGCUGGGUUCCUCAGAGAUGGAGAUGGAGAAGCCCUCGAGCCCGCGCCAGAUUUCCAGCCUGGAUGAGCCCCAGGAGAUGGAGUACGGCCAGAGUAGCUCCUUCCCUCGCAGACGUCCCCGGGGCCACGCCGAGCCUCCUCUCCGGCCUGACCCUUCUUCGCCUUUGCGGGAGGCUUCUCCAGAGGAGGGGGGUGACGUCGCCCGCUUCUCGCCCCCCAGAUCCACCUGGCCCCUGCGGGCAGCGCCGGCGCAGCCUUGGAGGAUCUGA